CUGGCCUCAUCCAUCCUGCCACGCUGCACGCUGACUCCAGCGCGUCUGACAACACCACGCGAGGACCAGCCACCCCGCUCGCCCACCACGGCGCCGCCCACGACUCCGCCAGCCACUCCUUCACUCUCACCUCUUAUCCCUAGGACUCUGCCGCCGGUUCCGCCGCUCGAUCCCGCCAUGGCCUUCGCCUCCUACUCGCCGCACCGCGAGGGCGGCACCAUGCACCUGGACCUGCCUUCACCUACCUACCGCCUGGACGGCACACACUUCGCCCACCUGCAGCAGCUGCGCCGUUCUCUCUCGCGCUCGCCCUCAAAACCUUCGCGCUUCCAGCUGCACAAAUCGGACUCGCCGCGCUCACCCGUCUCACCACUAGCGCUUGCGCGCGCCUUCAGCCCCAAGGCGCACAAGCCUACAAGUCCUAACAAGACCUUCCCUGAGUCGCCUCUGGGACAGGUCGUGCCACCUAAGAAAAAAUUUACCCUGCGACGAUCAACAGCCAACUUUAAAGCGUCACCGCGCACGCGACAGAACUCGAAAAGCCCGCGUCGCAACGCUCUGAGCGACUCGCCAACAGGAGGAAACUCGACAACACCGUUCUAUACCCGCAUCGCCUUUGGCCAAGAAAACGACACACCUGCGCGCCCCUCCAGCUCGGAAUCCAUUGAGAGCAUGGAUACUGACUGCAGGAAGUUUGGUCUAAACGAUAAGCCGAUCAAGUUUGAAUUUGCGCAACGACGUCCGGAUCUCUCACCUGGUGCGCCGGUCAAGUCAAGCCCUCUCAAGCGCAACGACGGUGUCAUGAACUUGAGCGGGACACCAACUGGUUUCAGUCCCGUUGCGAAGAGGAGAAGUCUGCAGAGCGUGUCCAACCUUGGAAACGAUUUCGAGAGUAUAUUCGACCAGGUGGCGAAGCGCGAGAAUGUCCACGCAGUGCAGUCGCCCAUGGAGACCGAGGAGAACAUGACUGAAUUUGAUUUCUCGACACCCAUGAGCAAUUCGCAGUCACCCGUGCGGAGAGCUACAUCACUGAGGAAAUCUACAGUGAUGCAACGAAACGCGAACUCGCCGCGACCAAAGCCGGCUUUCGACGGCGACUUUGCAGUGCCUGGCCUCGCGGCUUCCAAGUCGAAAAACCGAAUGUCGCUCGACGGCGCCGUCGGGCAAAGCACAACCCCUACACAGACCCCUUUCCGCAAAUCGAACUUUGAUGCAGGGCGCAUGGGCUUGCCCACACCCUUCGCCCGAAGCACUGCCGGCGCAACGCAGCCACACCCGCUGUCUUAUGCGCACACUCCCUCUUCAACCACAUCAACUGUCGGUGGAUUCACUCCUAUGGCACCACCACGCGCACCCCACUUUGCAGCUCCACCCAGUCGACAAAACCAGAGUCAUCAAUUUUCACGAUCGCUACCAAUCGGCGUACCGCGCCCACACGCACUAGAGGGAGACGAUGACUCGUUUGACACACCAUUCAAGUCCGUGCAACAAGCACCAGUUGCCUUCUCCACGGGUCUCAUGUCCAAGAAGAAUCGCAAUGCGGACGAGCCUGCCAACGUCUAUGUCAUGCCUGAUACGCCCUCCAAGAGGCAGUCGUAUCCUCCGGCGCAAGCAGACAGGGCUGAUGUCAUUGACACCCCUCUUGUCAAGCGAGGUGGAAGUCUGUUCGGUGACUGGAACCGGCCUCAACCCCAGUUUGGCACUACCAGCACACCCUUCAGCGCACAUGUGUCGAAGCUCUCCACCGAGUCGUUUGGUAAGGGCACAAGCAUCUUUGGCAACAUGAGCGAGUUGCAUCAGCGCCGAGGAAGCAUCGUCAGCGUAGAUGGCGAUGAUGAUCUCCCUGACAGCCAGUCGCCGACCGCCAACCGCACUAUGGUCGACACUAUGACCGACAACGAUACGACUGUUGACGAUAUGCCACCGACUCCUACUAAGGGACAUGGUGCGUCCAGUCGCCGCUCCAAGGAAAGCAGCUUGAGACGCAAGACCUUCCGCUCGCGACCAAGUAUUAGCAAUGAUACGUUCGCAGCACCUGACACCAUGAACGAUUUCAACGGUAAGUCUCAAACGAACACCUCCUUACCAGGAUCGCGUGACGACACCACUCGAUCACCCCGUGAGGAUCUCGAGUCGGUGCACUGCGCCUCCCCUUCUGUACAAGCUUCUCUUGCUCGUGGACGGUACUUACGACACACCAAAAUGUUGGGUCGUCCGUCACCGCUCUCGCAACCGAUACUUCCCUCAAUCAUCUCGUUUGGAUCUUCAUCGCCUGCGCCUGCAUCUCCAGGCAUGGACUCAUCUUUCCAACCUGAGCAGAACCGGCUGUCGCUUGCUGGUAACCGACGUGGUUCACUGAACUUCAACAGCAGCGUUAGCACUUUCCCUCCUGCCACACCAACCACGCCGCGAGACCACUCUGUGUUCUUCGCUGAGAACAAGGGUGCCAUCCCCAUUGGUCUGACCAAGAACGACGUCGAUGAGGCCAUUAGUUCGCGCUUCCAUGAAGUCAAAGAGCUUGAUGGUAGUGAGGGCGAGUUCUCGAAAGUUUACCGUGUCAGCCAGCCGGUGCAGGGUUCCACACCGAACUCUCCAGCUGGGAGCCAAGUGUGGGUUGUCAAGAAGUCCAAGAAGCCAUACUUGGGUAAGGGUGACCGCGAGCGCAAGAUGCGCGAGGUCGAGACUCUAUAUGCACUUCGUGGCAACGAACACGUCUUACAAGUCAACGAUCACUGGGAGGCCAACUCUCACCUAUACAUCCAAACCGAGUACUGCGAGGGUGGCAACCUGCGUCGCUUCCUCGACACUGUCGGGUACAGCAGUCGUCUCGAUGAUUUCCGCAUCUGGAAGAUUCUGCUGGAAUUGUCACAGGGACUCACCUUCAUCCACAACUCGGGAUACAUCCACCUCGACCUAAAGCCGGCCAAUAUCCUCAUCGACUUUGGGGGCUCGCUGAAGAUCGCUGACUUUGGCCUGGCUAGCUCUUGGCCCGCACCGAAGGGCAUCGAUGGCGAGGGUGAUCGCCAUUACCUUGCGCCAGAGGCUCUUUGCGGUCGCUUUGACAAGCCUGCGGACGUGUUCGCCCUCGGCAUGAUGCUGACUGAAAUCGCCGGUAACUGUGUCAUUCCGGAGAAUGGCACUUACUGGACGAAGCUUCGGUCUGGGGAGUUCGAUCACGUUCUUCCUAGUUUGACUUGGAGCGCCGACAGCAGCACCUUGAGCCGUGAUGGUAACGGCGACCCGAUUCUCGAGAACUCUCUAGACACUUUCCUCAUGUCGGACGAGCCUCAUCCCACUGUCCAAGUACGGACAGCCUCGAGUCCAGAGGAGGAGCUUGCCCGCGCUCCUAAGUUCAUGGUCGACUACAUGGAUCCCAACACUAUGGACCAGGUCGUCAAGGCCAUGCUGCACCCUGACCCUGACCAGCGACCCACGGCUGAGCAGGUCCUGCUGUGCUUUGGUUGCCAAUGGGUCGAUCAGAGGCGACGAGCAGGAGCCACUGUGUACGAGGGCAACUUCGGACCCGGCGAGGACGUGCUGGCCACAUAUGCGUUCGACGACGCCGACGCCGACGCCGAUAUGAUGGACAUGAGCUGAACUCUGUCUUCUGUCGAUAGCCAUCGCUUGCGUUGUUCGCUGCCUCCCAGCUUCACAUCGGUUUUGGCACUCUUUCUUGGUUACGCUGAUCUGCAACAACCUGUCGAAAUCUUGCUGUAUAGUACACCUCGACCAGUACUGU